GGCUGGCCUACUUUCCUAAGUAACACUUACCAACACUGCACCUCCACUCCGGCAGGAGGCAGAACGGCGCAGCCUUCCUGUAGUUACAGUCAUGUGUGCGGAAGUCCAUGCAAGAGUUUCCUGCUGGGAUGGUGGCAUGACAGUUGAGGAGGUAUUCUUGUUGAGUUAGCCUUAGUUAACAGAACAAGCAAGUUAUCUAAUUGUUAUGAACAUGUGGACGGUUUGACUUCUGGACGUGCGUUACUCCUCUCUGGCUUAACAAGCUCAUGACAUUGUCUGAAAAAGGAGCACACAGCGACUGUGAGCAUGGCCAGACCUCUGCAGGUCCUCUCCCUCCUCUACAGGCUCGGUGCUCGCUCAGUCAUGCCCUCUGUUUCUAUUACCAGCUGUCGAUUUGCGAGCAAAGCAUUGAACAAGGCACAGAGUCAUGUGCGCAGAGACAAGGUUCCCAACAGAGCCCAGAGAGACAGCGAGGAGAUGUCUGACGAGGAGCUGGAGGAUGUGGAGGACAAACUCCAGGUCCUUUUUAAUGAGCAGAGAAAAAAGCAGAAGACUGUGAAAUAUCACAUACUGAGAAGGCAGAUGACUCCACCAGGAGCUCCACAGAGGAAGCUCACCUGGGAUGCUAUCGAGCAGAUCAAAUAUCUGAAGCAGGAACAACCAGAGGAGUGGACAGUUGAACGUCUGGCUGAGGGUUACUCUGUCAGCCCUGAUGUCAUCCGGAGAGUCCUCAGGACCAAGUUUCUCCCCACUCCUGAAAAAAAGUUCAAACAGGACACCAGAGCAUUGUCCGGACUCGGUCAGCAGGUGCUGCCUUCAGGAGCCGCGGCAGGGCAGGACAGGCUGAAACUGUCUGGAAACCGCACAACAGCGCUACUCCAACCUGGAAAUGUUGAAUCUGCCGUGGUGCCUGUGGCUGACAAGACUGUGAUGCUUCGUGGUGUGGGCUCAGGAUUAGUGACUAAGAUUCCUGCCCCCUUUUCUCUUGUGCCCGCCCAGUUCAGAGCUGAUGUUAGUAAAUACAUCCCUGAGACAACAUCAAUAGAAGAGGACAGCAUUUACAACACAAAUCCAACAGAGGAAGAUGAAGAGGACGAGGAAAGCUGGGAUGGACGGCUGUUCACAGAAGAAGAACUUGAAGAGAUUAUGGAAACGGUAAAGGCUUGCCCUGUGGUGCAAGAUGGCAAUGAGUUCUUUGAUGCAGAGGGAAACUUUCUGUAUCGAAUCUGAUGGCUUCCUGCGUUGGACUUUCCGUUGACCAUGUGUUGAUGAUCAGGUUGUCCUUUUCAUGUACAGUAAUAGAUUACCCAGUGACUUGGCAAACGAUAUAUUAUAACAUUGCUAUUAAAUAAAAAUCAUGUGACAAAAAUAGAGGAACCGAAUUUAUUGGCAAACCCAAAGAAAACAAACUCAAAUAUACAUAAGAGAGACACAAAGCAGAUACAAAGAUGUAACCUUGUAUAUUUACAGAACCAUCACAAUGAAUUAUUCAUUUAUACAGCAGUUUUAAAUCGUAAGAAAAAUGCGUUACAUUUUUAUGAAUGCAAUAAACCCAUAAAAAAACCUUGCCAAGUGUCUCCCAGUUUGUAGCAGCUACAUAAUAACCCUGUAUGGAGUUAAAUCUCGUCAAAGUUUCACUCAGAAUUAUGUAUUGUGCCAAGACAUGACAGAGAAAAUAACCUAUUUAUUUUAGGCUAUUUUCUUUACAAAGCUCUUUUGAUUUAAAUAUCGAAAUGUGACAUGCCGUUCAGAGGGAGCUGGUAUGAAACACACGUCUGUCACUGCUAAAGGAUUCAUGUUAGACAACAAGAGCUACUUCGGGGUGUCAGACAAACUUGAUAUGACUGGUUACACAUAAGUUGAUACAGAUCAUUUUCAGUAAAUAGAUGCUGGCCACACAUUAGGAGGGCCUCGCAUCUUAUCCUGACACCAGGCACUUGUAUAACCACAUCCAAUUUACUGCACUCUGAACCUGCAAGUCACAAAUAAAUAAAACCUGCAUGAAAGCAUUGUAUUUCAAAUAAGAAGGACAAAUAAUUUUGGAACAAAUGUUAAAAAGUAGGAAAAAAGAGAAUCCCUUUAAGACUUGAAGAGACAGUAGUAUGAAGAUCAUUU